UCCGUAACGUAUACAAACAUGAAAAUCUACUUUGGCCUGUUGAUCGUCGGCUGUUUCGCGUGCAGCUCGCUCGCCGCUUCAGAGGAUCCGAUCAAAAAUGUCAUCAACAAGGACUACAUGAAGGCCUGCCUGACGCAGAACGGCUUCAGGGCGUCGUCUUAUCCCGACGGCCUGCGCAACGCCAAGGUGGCCUUCAGAUACGAGGAGAAUCGCGACUGCUACUUCGCCUGCAUGAUGACGAAAAUGGGCAUGAUCAAGCCCAACGGCCACCCCAACGAGGACGCCAUUCGCAGUACGUUCGGCAAACACAUCGAUCAAGUUAACAAAGCCCUCAAAGUCUGCCGAGUUCAAGAGAACAAUUCGUGCAAAUACGCCGCGUGCAUGAUGGCCAAUCGUGGAAUUUAAAGCAGCUGGCGUUGGCAGCCGCGAGCGAGAGGAAGAGAAGGCGCCUCAUGCUU